AUGGCCCUGGACGGCGAGAGGGGGGAGCAAGAGGAGGAGAAGAAAAAGAAGAAGAAGAAAAAGAAGAGGAAGAAGAAGGAGGAGGAGGGGGCCGAGAAGAGCAGCUCACCCUUUGCAGCCACUAUGGGAGAAGACGACGCCGCGCUCCGGGCAAGCGGCAGGGGGCUCUCGGACCCGUGGGCUGACUCGGUGGGAGUGAGACCCCGCACCACCGAGCGCCACAUCGCGGUACACAAGCGACUGGUGCUGGCCUUUGCCGUGUCCAUCGUGGCACUACUGGCGGUCACCAUGCUGGCAGUACUGCUCAGCCUGCGCUUCGACGAGUGUGGAGCCAGCGCGGCGGUGCCAGGCUCCGACGGUGGCCCCGGGGGCUUCCCCGAGCGAGGCGGCGGCAACAGCAGUCACCCAGGAUCCGCCCGGCGCAACCACCACGCUGGUGGGGAACCCUCGCAACGGGAGACCGGCAGUGAGGUGGACACCCCGGGGACCCCGUCUGCCCUGCCGCCGUCGGAGGAAGAGCCAGAGCAGUGGCAGCCUUGGACGCAGCUGCGCCUAUCGGGCCACCUCAAGCCCCUGCACUACAAUUUGAUGCUCACCGCCUUCAUGGAGAACUUCACCUUCUCCGGGGAGGUCAAUGUGGAGAUCGCGUGCCGUAACGCCACCCGCUACGUGGUGCUGCACGCUUCCCGGGUGGCGGUGGAGAAGGUACAAGUGGCUGAGGACCGGGCGUUUGGGGCUGUCCCGGUAGCAGGCUUUUUCCUCUACCCACAAACCCAGGUCUUGGUGGUGGUGCUGAAUAGAACCCUGGAUGCGCAGAGGAAUUACAACCUAAAGAUUAUCUACAAUGCCCUGAUAGAGAACGAGCUUCUCGGCUUCUUCCGCAGCUCCUACGUGCUCCACGGGGAGAGAAGAUUCCUUGGUGUUACUCAGUUUUCACCUACGCAUGCCAGGAAGGCAUUUCCAUGUUUUGAUGAACCAAUCUACAAAGCCACUUUCAAAAUCAGCAUCAAACAUCAAGCAGCCUAUUUGUCUCUAUCCAAUAUGCCAGUGGAGACAUCCGUGUUUGAGGAAGAUGGAUGGGUCACAGACCACUUUUCACAGACCCCUCUCAUGUCCACAUACUAUUUAGCCUGGGCGAUUUGCAACUUCACAUACCGAGAAACUACUACCAAGAGUGGGGUUGUAGUCCGAUUAUAUGCAAGACCCGAUGCUAUCAGAAGAGGAUCCGGGGACUAUGCUCUCCACAUUACAAAGAGAUUAAUAGAAUUUUAUGAAGACUACUUUAAAGUGCCCUAUUCUUUGCCAAAACUAGAUCUUUUAGCUGUGCCUAAGCAUCCAUAUGCUGCUAUGGAGAACUGGGGACUAAGUAUUUUUGUGGAACAAAGAAUACUGCUGGAUCCCAGUGUUUCAUCUAUUUCGUAUUUGCUGGAUGUCACCAUGGUCAUUGUUCAUGAAAUAUGUCACCAGUGGUUUGGUGACCUCGUGACUCCGGUGUGGUGGGAAGAUGUGUGGCUGAAGGAAGGCUUUGCUCACUAUUUUGAAUUUGUGGGUACAGACUACCUCUAUCCUGGCUGGAACAUGGAAAAGCAAAGAUUUCUGACAGAUGUUCUACAUGAAGUGAUGCUGCUUGAUGGCUUGGCCAGUUCCCAUCCGGUAUCACAGGAAGUGCUAAGGGCAACAGAUAUUGACAGAGUGUUCGACUGGAUCGCUUACAAAAAGGGUGCUGCUUUAAUUAGAAUGCUGGCUAAUUUUAUGGGCCAUUCAGUUUUUCAGAGGGGUUUACAAGAUUAUUUAACUAUUCACAAGUAUGGCAAUGCAGCCAGAAAUGAUCUCUGGAAUACAUUAUCAGAGGCUUUAAAGAGAAAUGGAAAAUACGUGAACAUACAAGAAGUAAUGGAUCAGUGGACACUCCAGAUGGGAUAUCCUGUUAUCACCAUCCUGGGAAACAUGACAGUAGAAAAUAGAAUAAUUAUCACCCAACAGCAUUUCAUUUAUGACAUCAGUGCUAAAACCAAAGCACUCCAACUUCAGAAUAACAGUUACCUGUGGCAGAUUCCAUUAACCAUUGUGGUAGGAAAUAGAAGCCAUGUGUCUUCAGAGACAAUUAUUUGGGUGUCUAACAAAUCAGAACAUCACAGAAUAGCAUACUUGGACAAAGGAAGCUGGGUCCUUGGGAACAUCAAUCAAACUGGCUACUUUAGAGUCAACUAUGACCUACGGAACUGGAGAUUACUCAUUGAUCAAUUAAUCAGGAACCACGAGGUACUUUCCGUCAGUAACCGUGCAGGCUUGAUUGAUGAUGCCUUCAGCCUAGCCAGGGCAGGCUUUUUGCCUCAGAACAUUCCCCUAGAGAUUAUCAGAUACCUGUCUGAGGAGAAGGAUUUUCUUCCUUGGCACGCUGCCAGCCGAGCACUUUAUCCUCUGGAUAAAUUACUGGACCGUAUGGAGAACUACAAUGUCUUCAACGAAUACAUUUUAAAACAAGUUGCAACAACGUAUAUCAAGCUUGGAUGGCCAAAAAAUAACUUCAAUGGAUCUCUCGUUCAAGCAUCCUACCAACACGAGGAACUACGGAGAGAAGUGAUAAUGUUGGCAUGUAGCUUCGGGAACAAACACUGUCACCAGCAGGCAUCGACACUUAUUUCAGAUUGGAUUUCCAGCAACAGAAACAGGAUACCACUAAAUGUUAGAGAUAUCGUCUACUGCACAGGAGUGUCACUGCUGGAUGAGGAUGUGUGGGAGUUCAUCUGGAUGAAAUUCCACUCCACCACUGCAGUGUCUGAGAAGAAGAUAUUGCUGGAGGCUCUAACUUGCAGCGAUGAUAGGAAUUUAUUAAAUAGGCUUCUAAAUCUGUCUCUGAAUUCUGAGGUGGUGUUGGAUCAAGAUGCAAUUGAUGUUAUAAUCCAUGUAGCCAGAAAUCCACAUGGCCGAGAUCUUGCCUGGAAGUUUUUCAGAGACAAAUGGAAAAUACUAAAUACCAGGUACGGGGAAGCUUUAUUUAUGAAUUCCAAACUUAUCAGUGGAGUUACCGAAUUUCUUAAUACAGAAGGCGAACUUAAAGAGCUAAAGAACUUCAUGAAGACCUAUGAUGGGGUAGCCUCUGCUUCAUUCUCACGAGCUGUGGAAACUGUGGAAGCCAAUGUGCGCUGGAAAAGGCUUUAUCAAGAGGAGCUGUUCCAGUGGCUGGGAAAAGCCAUGAGGCACUAAUAUAUGUCACUUAUCACAAACACAACCCAGACUUUUGAGAGGACCUGGUUCCUGUGGAAUGAAGAGGCCAGCUAGGAUUUCAGUGAUAACGUGUAGGAGGACUUUUUGUUGUUGUUGUUGUUUGGGUGACGGGUAUUUUUCUUCGUUCCAUUCACUCUCCAUUUGUUUCUCUACUGGAUAUUCCUCUGCAUAGAAACUCUUACAAGUGUCACUUGCCCUGGCUAUUUCCGCUGUACAUUCCCUGCUGUUCAGGACCAAAUAUGAUAGUGGUGCAUGUUGAUGUUGCAGUCAGUUUGGAAAAUCCUAUUAAGAAUUCUCUAUGCAUGGAUAUAUGGUCCUGCCUGUGUUCCAGCAUGCUUAUUUAACAUGUUCCAAUGUUGUAUGUGAAUAUAUGUACAUCCUGGAUGGGCAUUAUGCGAAAGCACAAAGAUUAUCUAAGACAAUCAGUGUUGCAAUGAAAGUCAAAACUUCAGGAGGGAAUUUUUUCUCAGUCAUGGACAACAGGAGAGAUAAAGCAGCUCUCUAAACAAUCUGUGUCAUUUAUUUCAACACUUGGAUUGUCUGGCAAUGAUGAUUGUGUUGUUAACUCAUUUUCUUUGAGUUAAAGCUGUACUUGCAAAGAUGUAUAGAUAGUGUGUAUAUAUGCAUAUGUACAUAAAGUAGCACCAUGUGUAUAUAAUACGUUGUACAUGCACCUGUGUGAAGAAUCUCUUCACAUCAAAGGAAAAUUAACUCUUUUUUAUAAAGUGUGGACACUUGGAAAAGGCUUCAUAUAACUUAUCUCAACACUACCCUUCCUACUUUAUAACUCACUUUCUUAACUGCUUUUUCAUCUAUAUCAUGAGUAAUAAUCUAUUCUACUACAUGAAGAUGAAGUCUAACAAAAUAUAUGUGCAAACUAAUCACUCGGCAAAUUCUCUAAAGUCAAUGGCAGCCUUUCACCAAUUUCCGUCAUCAUUUUGGUCAACUUUCUUAUUGCAUAAACCAAUUUUGUGUAAACUUAGGAUAUUCAGUACUAAGAAAGUGUUUAUUUAUAGCUCCUUUGUAUUUCUUACCUUAGAUAGUGCAGAGGUGAAUACUCUCUGUGUGUUGAUCUUUAUGUGUAAAUUGCUCCUAUCCUCCAUUAAGCAACCAUACCUCAACAGGUCUAUUAGCAUUUAAUGACCUUUUAUGCCAGUUGUGCCCUCCCUGAAGACACAAAGUUGCUUUUAUGCUGUGUUAAUGUACAAAAUCUUUCAGAAUUAACAACCCUGUUCUACCUGGGAAUUUCAAGGAACAAUUUUCAUGGCUGUGUGUAACACAACUAUGUUUUAGUGAUUUUCACACCCAGUAGUCCUGUUCCUCGCUUCAGAGUUAACAUAUUUUAAGUUUAGCAUUGUAAAAUACUGAUCACAACUACUACAACCGAGUCAACUGUUGUAAAACCCCUUUCCAUACUCCUGUUAUGUUCAGUUCUUCCAAAUAUUUCUAAUCAUUGAUACAGUGGAUUCAUAGACCAUCACUCAAUGCUGGAGAAAGAUAAUAUAUAUAUACCAGGAGUCCUAGAAUUGUUUUGUUUGUAAAAAUGAAAAGCAAUUUCCCAGUCCACUGACUAAGUUAUAACUAAAUUUGAACCUUCUCAUAUGAGCGAUUAAUGCUUCUUGCACCUACAAUUUUCAACACUUCAUUCAAUUAAAAUACGUGAAUUUUAAGUACUACAUGGUGUUAAAGAGUCAUGGAGAGGCUUAGUGUGAAAUCUGAAAUUUAGGUUACCUAUUGGAAGUAAGCAAAUUUCAAUGAGUAAUUUGUGAGUGAGAAUACUCAUAAAUCCAUGAAGUCCCCAAAUACCAUUAUACCACUGAAAAAUUCACUCAUGAAACAGAGCUGACCAAGGUUGAUAUGGAUGUCUUUUGUUUCCUGGACUGAAAAUUCAGAGAAAUGCCUUUUUUAUUUUAAGUCAUCAUUUCCAAUUUUGAGUUUUGAGACUUUCUUAGUUCUUUUUCCUCCCUACAAUAUAUGAUUAUAACAAUCAUCAUAAUCCUCUUUCAGUAUUUUGUGGCCUUGAACACAACUGGUUUAGCUAUAGUCUAAAUCCUCAGUGUAUACUUGCGUGCAAUGUUUAUACCUCAUAAAAUAUUUCUUCAACAGAAUAGUGGUAUCAAUGGCAUUGAGAUGGCAGUUUUGCUCUACACAUUUUUCAGUUAUUUUAACCUUUCCAACAUUGAAAUUGUAUUUGGCUUUAAGGUUUUUUUAGUUGUUUAAAUAAGUAAUAUUUUCAAAAUAAUAAAAUAACCAAUGAUAUCUCUUGGAAUAUUCUGUAAAAUGUAGCUAUAAAAUUAUAUUUUCUACUUAGAGUUUUUAUCUUUCUCUCUUGUGUAUUUUACAAAUCAAUUAUCUACAUGAAAUAACAUGUUGAAGGUUUUCAUCAUCUAGUCUAAAAAUGUCCUAUGUCAAUAUAUGUAUAACGGUAAAAUUUUGUUUUAAUUAGAAAAUACUAGAUUAUUUAUCACUUUGGGUAUUCAUUUUCUCCAAGUAACUUGUAAAUAAAAUGUUUUCCCCAUUUUUACAUAUUUUUCCAUAAAUUUUCUUAUAGUGUUUGAAGAUUUAAAAGCUACACAAUUCCAAACUUAGAAGGCAGGCAUCUAUAAUACUGGCUGUGUUUCUUGAAAUUCAUUAGCAAGCACUUUUGCUGGGCCUUAAUUCCCUUUGCUUCAUAUGAUUUUAAAAUAUAUAUGUAUAUAUAUAUUUCAAUUUAGAUAUAUAACUAAAAUAUUACAAGACUAUUAAUGUUUUAACAUGAAUUUCUAAAAUGUAUUCCAUUAUCAGUAAAUUUUACUGGUUGAUUUUAUUUUUCACAAAAAUAUAAUGCAUGUUUGAUUUGAGAACCAGCAUUCACACCUUUAAAACCCCAGUUCUCUUAACAUAGAUGGCCUACAACCAACAUACAGCAAUGUCUAUCUAUCUCAUUAGCCUGAGACUUCACAAGUUCUAGACCAGCAUUAGAAUAUAUGUUUGAAGAAAUCUACAAUUACUCUAUUAACAUUCAUACUUCAAAUUUGUACUAUUUCAUACAAAUUUGAAGUCCACUGUUAAACACCAUUUACUUUGGUUAGUGUAAGUAGUCAAAUAUCGGGACAUAGGAUUUAACCUAUUGUUUACAGUCCCCAUUGGAGAUCUGUUAUUAAACAUAGUUUAAAUGAAAACUUAGAACUGUGACACUUUGCUUUACUUCCACCUCCUUCUGAUAGUAGAAAUAACAGCUACAGAUUGCCAGAAUACACACAGAAGGCUAUAUCAUCUCAAUAACUGACGCAAUAUUCAGUAAACUGUGUUUAAAUCUUUGGAGACUAACUUGUGGACAAAUGAUUUUUGUGGAACUGAAUUGGAUGUAAUAAGUAAGUUGUAACGAAGGAUACAAUAUGCCAACUUAAAAUUCACUGCUAAUUAAAUAUUUUAAGAAUUGACUUCUAGAAGCCCGAAGCAUGUAGAUCGAAUAUUAUUGUGAAUGCCCAUGUGAUGGGUCCAUAACUGUCCCAUACAGUAGUCAAAGAACAAAUGAGGAGAAGCCAACACUUCAGAGAUCAUGGCUGAAUUAUCACUUGAUACCAAUAGUCAUGUGCUAUUAGAACUCAACUGAGAUAAAGAAAGCUUUAUUGAACAGAUUGAUUUUAACUGAGCAUGUGGUGACUAAAACGAAGAUGUAGGAAAAUAGGUCCAAUAAUGUUCAUAUUAAAAAUAUGAAGAAAUCACAAACCAGUUGGAAUUAAGGCAAGGAGAAACAGAAUCAGAUGUUAGAGAGGAGCAGGUUAAUCAUUUCUAGCUAAGAAACCCAACUAUUUUCUGUUCUAAUUCCAAAACAUGUGAACAAUUUUCACUGUUUUAUUUCACAGUGCUUGCAUUUUUAGAAAUAUGUAACAUUUUCAAAUUAUAAUAAUGCCAUAAAAUUUAUACAGUAAUAAUUGGAAUCAAAAUUGGGAUAGAAUCUAUCCUUGAGAAAAGCUGUUUGCACAAUUUGGAAUAUUGCUAAUCUAUGGAAAAAUUUAAUCCUCUUGUAAAAGUAUUUCAAAUUUGCCAAAACAAUGUUAGCUUUAUUUGUCAACUUUAAGGAAAUAAUUUAUUCUUUCAAGCAGGUUCAGCAAUUCUGAACUUAUGCAAUAAUUUAUGUCUUCAGAUUAGUAUAUAUGAACUUGAGCACAAAAAUAUUGUCAUCAAAGAUGCUAAAAUUUCAACGUUUUUAAUUAUAUAAAAUGAGCCCUCAAUUUCACUGCCUCGAAUUAAUAAGCAGAUUUUAGAGUCAAAUAUUUCAUUUCAUUUUGGGGAGGAUUCAAUGAAAGUUUAACCGACAUGUACUCUACCAGUUUUUGUUCCAGUUUCAUGCCACUAAACUCUGUUUUAAAGUUUAGAUAGAAAAGAAAAGUUAAGAAGCUUUUAGAAAAUCUUUAAAGACAUCAUUAAAAGGAGUUUUCAGGUCAAGGCACUCAUGCACAAAGGAAUACUUUCAGUCCUGGCAUUUUUGUUUUUAAGCUAUUCAGCUCCUCUGUAUCAUGGGAGUUUCACAUAGAUUUCACAAUCCACACAACUCUGCUUGAAGAUUUAUCUUUCUGUUACUCCUAGUUCAUAUACUGAUGUGGUAAGAAAGAAGAAGGAGGCUCCAUUCUGUUCAGUUUUGUUUUUAAACGAUGGAUAAUUGUAGGGAAGGAUCAAAAAUGUGAACAUGUGUAUAUCUAUCAACCUACACUGCAGGUAAAAUUUCAUGUAAUAACCCAGUGAAAACUUAUGAAUUCUAAUUGAUCAUCAAGAAAACAGAGGGUAAAAGCCAUUGGUUUCUAAAAUAAAUUACUAAUGUUAGCAGGGCUGCAAAUCCAUCACUUCAGUACCUCUGUCAAGCCUGAGACACUAUUCAUCCAUACAAACUCUGUGGGGGAUAUGAGUUCUCCUUCAUAUCUCUCUCACUUUCAUUAUUAUGGACUUGUUGGAAAUAAGUGUUAAUUGGUGCCUUUUUUGGUUUAUCACCAUUCUCUUACUAAGGUUACUUCGUGUAUUUUCUAAAAAUAUUUUCUUCACAAAAACCCCACCUUUUGUUGUGAGGGCUUUAAACUACUAGUAAUUAACAGGCACUCAGCCAAUGAGCCAUUGAAAGAGUCAGUGGGAAAGAAAAACAAAGAGGACGGAUUGCAAAUCCCUUCACCAGUGUCUCACAAAGAUGAAGUUAAACUGUCUGCAUGUGGAAAGGUUCUAUUAGGCCAGCCAGAACUUUUCCGUUGUUUAGCAAAGGGAUCAGAAAAUUUUCUCUUUCUGCAUAGAACUAUAGAUGGACUGCACUGCUUAAUUUACUUGAUGUUAUGUUUUCAAGGUACCUGCUGUGUGCAGAUACAGUCUAACCUAACUGCUUUGACUCGCUUCUUUACAGGUCAACUUGCUUCUAAUGGCACACAUUUUUCUUAUGUCAUGUAAGUAAAUGAAAGAGCAAAGUGCUUUGUAGGAAAUAUAAUAGGGGAGUUAGAACACCUGCCUCAAAUGUGCAGAGUAUUUCUUUUCUGCUAAUCAUUCCUGCAAGGCUCAAGGUAUUACACUCACUCUUAUGAACACACCUGUCACCACUUUCAUGUGUGGAACCUACUGAGUGGGAACGUCAUUAGAAAUUCUUUGUUCCUCGUUUUACCUCAAAUAGGUUUCUUAACUGUCACAUCUCAAGUGAAAACUGUUUUUCAAAUGAGUUGUCUCUCAAAUGUUUUGUUCUAGAUUUUACAGUAUUGUUUAAUGGUAAUCUCACAUCAGCUUUUAAAUUACACCUGUAUAUUGGCAUAUAUUAGUAUGUGUGCAGUCUUUCACGGUUGUAGUUUAUUCUCCUUUUAAAAUUUUAAUCGACUUGGACAGCAAGUAAGUACUAAAAUAAAAAACAUAGCAUCAUUA